AUGCUGGUUGUUUAUGCACGUAUCUAUCAAACAGCAAGUAAUUUAAUGAAAAGUCUAAAAAGUGGUGAAAAAAUUGUUGUUUGUUCAAAUCCCAAGAGCCAUUCACCGCCCAGUUUGAAAUUAUUGACAACCUAUUCUCCGAGACAACAAAAAUCAAAGUCAUGGUUUAGGAGAAAUCAAGGUCAAAUCAAAUCACACGACUGCUUGUCAUCACAUUUUUCAGUGUCACAAGCAGAUACAAUGAUACUUCGAAUACAUCGGGGCGGACAAGUUGACAGUAUUAACACUAGGAGUAAUAACAACUUGAAAACACCAAAAUUCAAAUCAUAUUCCAAACGAAAUCGCUUAUCACUGAGUUAUUUUGAUAAAACUAAGAUUAAAAGAAAACAGAUAAAUAAUAAGAUAAAAUUUACCGACUCGAUUUGUUCAAAAAAUAAACAGAAAUUUAACACAGUGUUAAAUGCAAAUACACGCAUCAUUACUAAAACUAAAAGUUGUAUUACUCAUAGCGUUUUGGCUAAUUCCACGGUACCAUCCGUCAGGAAAUCUGAUAGGAUAAACUCAAAAAGUGGAAAGCUUCACUGGAAUCUUACGUAUUCAUUAACACAAAUAUCACUGGAUUCACAAGUGCCUUCAGAUGGAUUUAAUUCCAGUAAACUGACAACUCCUCAAAUAAAAAAUCAACUUAAUGUUAGACGAUCACAUUCCUCCAGCAUUUUAAGCUGUUUAUCACAAACACAGCCAAUCAGUCACCUUUUUAAAAGACAUCAGUAUCAACGGCAGCAAUUAUCACCUUGUCAUUUGUCCACAACUAGAAGAAACUCACAGUCUUUCAGUUACGUAGAACAACAAAAUAUUCUAGUGUCAUCAUAUCUACAGAAACAGUCAUCGCCAUCUUCCAUUUGUAGUCAGUCGGGUAACAUUACGAAACAUAAUAACCAUGUAUGUUAUACUUAUGAAUUACCCUGUGACAAAUUGAAAACUUCUGUAGCUAGACUGGUGAUGAAUCAACAAAGCAUUAAUAAUACUUCUGUCAUCGAUACUAUGUCCGGUAAUAUCGUCACGACUAUCCAUGGCAACAGUGGGGGCGAUAGUGUCAGUGGUUUAACUGACAUGAUGACUAAUACAGGUCAACAAACAACAUAUCCAUUAUCAAAGACUAAGUAUUGGAUAAGUCAGCUGAGAGAAUUUGCAAAAACUAAACGUGUUUGUAAAUUUGUACGAGAACAGAAAGCUGCUAAAACACUUGGUAUUGUAAUGGGUUUAUUUAUAUUAUGUUGGUUACCAUUUUUUGUCUGCAACGUAGUAACCGCUAUUAAUCCAUACUCGAUUAAUAAAAAUGAAACAUUCAAACAAAUAAUUAUUAUUGUUACCUGGUUAGGUUAUAUUAAUUCAUGCAUUAAUCCAAUUAUAUAUGCUCAUUCAAUGAAUGAAUUUCGUAGAGCAUUCAAACGAUUACUUUGUUGCCAUUGGUGGUAUCGUAAACAAGUUCAGUUCAGAAAAUCAACUUCUUUUCCGCUUUUUCGUCGUCAUCAUCAUCACCACCAACAGCAACAUCAACACGGUCAUCCGCAUCCAAAUCAUCCCCGUCAGCACAGCCGACAUUCUUCAAAGUGUCGUCAGCAUCAUUGUCAUCAACAUGUAAUUUGCAAAUCAAGUGAGCAGCAAAAUUCUUAUCAUAGUCAACUUAAUGGUCAAAGUAAAUAUAAUUAUCAAACAGGUUUCAAGGAUAACAAUCCUUCAGUAAAAUAUCUCAGUGCAACGGAGUACCAGUCAGUAAAUUCUCCUUUUCAACAGCAGAACGCUGAAAGCAGCCUUUUAUCGUAUAGUAUACUUUUACCGAAUGUAAGUGAUUCCAUUUGUUCCAAAUCUAAGUAG